AUGGGCGACGCGCCAUUGUCACCGGAGCAUGUGCUCGUUAUUUUCUACCCGACGAUGCCAGAAGAGGUGAAGGAGGUUAUCCUACAGAAAUUCUCCCAUGCCGAGGUCACUAUCUACGAGUCUCAGGGAACCCCUGUGCCAUCUGAGGUAUAUCAAAAGGCCACCGUCCUCGCGACUUUCAGCGAUCUUCCUGAUCUCAAGGACUCGAAGAAUCUUAAACUAAUCCACACCUUCUCUGCUGGCGUGGAUCAUAUUUUGCAAAACCCAAUUCUGCAAGAAACUGAUAUCCCCAUCACUACAAGCUCGGGUAUCCAUGGUCCUCCGAUUGCAGAAUGGACUGUGAUGAAUUGGCUGGUAUCAUCCCGGAGAUACGCCAAGGGCUACGAGGCACAGAAAUCCCACGUAUGGGAUAAGGCCGCGUAUAGGCCAGGUCUUCAUGACCAAGUGGGUAAAAAGGUAGGUAUUCUAGGAUAUGGAAGUAUCGGGCGCCAAAUCGCCCGCGUCUCGCAAGCAUUGGGCAUGACCGUGCACGCAUACACGGCCACCCCACGCCCAACACCCGAAUCCCGGCGUGACAACGGCUACAUCGUGCCCGGCACGGGCGAUCCCGACGGCUCGAUCCCGGCAUCGUGGCAUCACGGCGCAGACCGCGAAUCCCUCCGCUCUUUCCUGGCUACCGGGCUCGAUCAUCUGGUGGUCUCACUUCCGCUGACACCGCAAACAAACCGUCUCCUCGGUGCCGAGGAAUUCACCAUUCUCUCGGACCAUUCUCAGCACCAUUCGAGUAAGCCUUACGUGACUAAUAUCUCCCGGGGUAGGGUUAUCGAUCAGAAGGCUUUGGUCGAUGCUUUGAAUUCGGGGGUUUUGAGUGGUGCUGCGCUUGAUGUCACGGAUCCGGAACCGCUUCCUCAGGAUGAUCCGCUCUGGGAGGCUGCCAAUGUUCAGAUUAGUCCGCAUGUCAGCGCGCUUGGGGUGGAGUAUUUCCCGCGCUCGCUUGAUAUCCUUGAGCUAAAUCUGGAGCGUAUCGCGCGGGGUGGGCCGUUGAUUAACUCUUAUACGCGGGGCAAGGGGUAUUAG